AUGGUAUCUGGUGGUCGAGUUGGUCUUCAUCUUCUUGCUUCUGCACUUAGAAUUUUAGAAAUUCGACAAGAUGAUGAUGGAAUUGAUAGAUUACAUUAUAUAUAUACAGCAGCUUUAUUAUUAAUGUUUGCAGUUUUGGUGUCAGCAAAACAAUAUGGUGGUCAUCCUAUUGAAUGUUUUGUACCUGCACAAUUUACACAUGCAAUGGAACAGUAUACUGAAAAUUAUUGUUGGGUUCAAAAUACAUAUUGGGUUCCAUUUAAAGAAUAUAUUCCUCAUAGAAUAGAUGAUAGAGAAAGAAGACAAAUUGGUUAUUAUCAAUGGAUACCUUUUGUAAUGGCACUAGCUGCACUUUUAUUUCACAUACCAGCAUCAUUUUGGAGAAUGUUAUCACCUCAAACAGGAAUAAAUUUGUCAUUAAUACUUUCAUUAGCCUGCUCUGACUCUAACGUUGAUCCUAUAGUAUUAAAAAAAAAUGUUGAUAUUUUAGCAAGACAUAUUGAAGAAGCAUUAGAUUAUCAAAAAGAAUAUGCAGCUAAAAAAUUAGGACAUUAUUAUUCAUUCAGUAUUAUAAGAUUAAGUAAAGCUUAUGGUUGCCAAUUGACAGUUCUUUAUCUUUUUAUUAAAUGCCUUCAUUUAAUUAAUUUAAUAGCUCAAUUUUUUUUUAUUAACAAAUUUUUAGAAACAUCUGAUUAUCCAUUAUUUGGAGGUCAUGUUUUAUAUGAUAUUUUGAUGGAUCAAGAAUGGAAAGAUUCAGGAAAAUUUCCUCGUGUAACUUUAUGUGAUUUUGAAAUAAGAGCAUUAGGAAAUAUACAUAGGCAUACCGUACAAUGUGUUUUAGUUAUAAAUAUGUUUACAGAAAAAAUUUUUGUCUUUUUAUGGCUAUGGUUUCUUAUUUUGACUACACUUACAUUUAUUAAUUUGUUUUCUUGGGUUACCAAUGUUGCCUUUAUUAAUUGUCGUAAUACAUUUAUUGAAAAACUUCUAAAUAUGGAACAUCCAGUUGAUGAUGAACAUCUUCAAGAAUUUGUUAAUAAAUUUCUUCGUACAGAUGGAACAUUUGUUUUAAGGAUGGUUUGUAUGCAUGCUGGUGAAUUAGUAUGUUCCAGAUUAACUGAUGCAUUAUUAAAAAGGCAUUGUAGUAAAAUUGAAAGUGAUAUAAAUAGAUUUGGUAUUGAAUGUAUAAGUGGAAAUAAAAAUGAUGAUUAUGGUAAACGGUCUUCAAUAAUGACAAAUUCUCAAAUAAGCAAUAAUAAUGUAAAACGAUCACAACUUGUAUAA